AUGUACAGCUCUCCAUUCAACUCAUUUCAAGGUUCAUCAUCAAGUCCAGUGAUGGAGCAAAAUAAUGAAGAAGUGGAACAAUUGAACUACAACGAAAAAAGAGCUGAUGAGAUAAGUGAAGAAGAGAUAGAAAUGAUAGAAGGUGAGAGCAAUGAAGGAGAACAGCAAGUAGAUGGAGAUGAAGGAGCUGGUCCUUUUGAGAAAAAGCAAAGGAAGAAGAAAUCCAGCAUAUGGGAUGAAAUGACAACAGUAGUGCUAGAUAAUGGGACGAUCAAAGUGAAGUACAACCAUUGCAAGGAACUUUUUGCCAAGAGUGCAACCGGAGCCACAUCUCAGCACAAGAGACACUUGAAUUCUUGCCUACAAAGAAAGAUGGACAUUGGGGAGCAAAGCAAACAAAAGCAACAAGUGCUGUCAUUCACCGAAGGCCCAAGUGAUGGUAUCACUUCCAUCACAAAUUUCUCGUAUGAUCAUGCAAAGGUAAGAGAGCUUGCAUCACGCAUGAUUCUUGCACAUGAGUACCCCUUUUCUAUGAUGGAGCAUGUAGUUUUCAACAAAUUCAUGAAAGCGGUUUCUCCAUUUUAUAAAAAGAUUAAUCGGCAGACUGUUAAAGAAGAUUGCAUUAGUACUUAUACAAUUGAAAAAAGGAAGCUGAAAUCAUUGUUGAAAGGUGCUAGUAGGAUUAGUAUUACCAUAGAUUUGUGGAAAUCUGGUCAAAAAAUUCAAUAUAUGGUUGUGACUGGUCAUUUUAUUGAUUCUGAUUGGGUGCUACAAAAACAUGUGUUGAAUUUUUGCAAUGUCCCUCCUCCUCAUACUAGAGUUAUUAUAGCUGAUGCUCUAAGCAAGUGCUUUAUUGAUUGGGAGAUUGAGAAUAAGGUUUCUAGCAUAACUGUUGAUAAUGCUUCAUACAAUAAUGUGUGCAUUAGGAGACUUAGAAAGGAUUUUUCUCUAAAAAAGAGAUUAAGUAUUGGAGGAAAAAUUUUUCAUGUUAGAUGUUGUGCACAUAUACUUAAUCUCUUAGUGCAAGAUGGUCUUGGUCAACUUGGUGGUGUGAUUGAUGUUGUUAGAGAAGGGAUAAAGUACUUGAACAAUUCUGAAUCUAGGCUUCUUGAAUUUGCCAAAAUUAAAAAAAAGCUUCAGUUGCCCUCUAGAAAGCUAAUUUUGGACUGUCCAACAAGGUGGAAUAGCACCUAUUUGAUGUUAGUUUCGAGUUUAGAGUUCAAGGAUGUCUUCCAAGAUAUGCAGACAUUGACCCCGGAUUUCACUAUGUUCCUACUGAUUUUGAGUGGAUGA